CAAAUUAAUACAACUGUGCGGUGCUGUAUUCUCCACAGGUGUGUGUGUGUUAGGACUGUUUGAAGCACACUUUAGCUAAUAGCCCAUAUAUAAUUUGGAAGAAGAUAUCUUCAGUGGAAGACCCUCAGGGGAUAAAUGGAAAGUCUGCCCAAAGCAUGGAAUAUUUAUGAACUUCACUUUUAGAAGACACUUCACCAUUCCUGUACGUCGAAAGAAAAAUACUUGUGGCUGAUUGAGUAUUUGAAGGUUGAGGACAUACAUAUUUAUUAUAUUCAACUAACCCAAGGUGCAAAAAUCCCAAACCAGUUCAGAUGUUGCUGUUUUCUCAAGUUGCAGGUCUAUGGAAAUGCAGGAUCUAGCCAGCCCGCAUAGCCGACUAAGUGGUAGUAGUGAAUCCCCCAAUGGUCCAAAACUUGAUAACGCUCAUAUAAAUAGUAAUUCCAUGACACCCAAUGGCACAGAAGGUGACAUGACUCUGCUCAACACUGCAGACUGGUUGCUAAGUACUAGUACACAGACCACUGCAGUUAAAACAGAACCAAUGAGCAGCAGUGAGAUUGCUACGACUACAGCAGACGAGUCUUUAGACAAUUUCUCAGGAUCAGCAAUUGGAAGCAGUGGCUUCAGCCCAAGACAAACUCAUCAGUUCUCCCCACCACAGAUUUAUCCUUCCAACAGACCAUACCCACAUAUUCUUCCUACCCCUUCCUCACAAACUAUGGCCGCAUAUGGGCAGACACAGUUUACGACAGGAAUGCAGCAAGCUACAGCUUAUGCUACAUACCCACAGCCAGGCCAGCCCUAUGGAAUCCCUUCAUAUGGUGCAUUGUGGGCAGGCAUCAAGACAGAAGGUGGAUUGUCACAAUCACAGUCACCUGGACAGACAGGAUUUCUAAGCUAUGGGACAAGCUUUAGCACGCCUCAGCCAGGACAGGCACCAUAUAGCUACCAAAUGCAAGGGAGCAGCUUUACAACAUCAUCAGGAUUAUAUGCAGGAAAUAAUUCACUCACAAACUCUACUGGAUUUAAUAGUUCACAGCAGGAAUAUCCAUCUUAUCCUAGUUUUGGCCAGGGUCAAUAUGCACAGUAUUAUAAUAGUUCACCGUACCCGUCACAUUAUAUGACAAGCAGCAACACCAGCCCAACACCACCUUCCACAAAUGCAACAUACCAGCUUCAAGAACCACCAUCUGGCGUCACCAGUCAAGCAGUUACAGAUCCUGCAGCAGCAGAAUACAGUACAAUCCACAGUCCAUCAACGCCCAUUAAAGAUUCUGAUUCAGAUAGAUUGCGUCGCAGUUCCGAUGGAAAGUCACGUGGGCGAGGCAGAAGAAACAAUAACCCUUCACCACUGCCUGACUCUGACCUGGAGAGAGUAUUCAUUUGGGAUUUGGAUGAGACAAUCAUCGUUUUUCAUUCCUUGCUUACAGGGUCCUAUGCUAACAGAUAUGGGAGGGAUCCACCUACUUCAGUUUCACUUGGACUACGGAUGGAGGAGAUGAUAUUCAAUUUGGCAGACACACAUCUGUUCUUCAAUGAUUUAGAAGAAUGCGACCAGGUUCAUAUAGAUGAUGUGUCUUCAGAUGACAAUGGCCAAGACUUAAGCACCUAUAACUUCGGAACAGACGGCUUUCCUGCAGCAGCCACCAGUGCUAAUUUAUGCUUAGCAACGGGUGUGCGUGGAGGAGUGGACUGGAUGAGAAAAUUGGCCUUCCGUUACAGACGCGUAAAAGAAAUCUACAACACCUACAAAAAUAACGUUGGAGGUCUUCUUGGUCCCGCAAAGAGAGAAGCUUGGUUGCAACUUAGAGCAGAAAUUGAAGCUCUUACAGAUUCUUGGUUAACACUUGCACUGAAAGCACUCACACUUAUUCAUUCUAGGACAAACUGUGUGAAUAUUCUAGUAACAACUACUCAGCUUAUUCCCGCUCUGGCAAAAGUCUUGUUGUAUGGAUUAGGGGUUGUAUUUCCAAUAGAAAAUAUUUACAGUGCAACUAAAAUAGGAAAAGAAAGUUGUUUUGAGCGAAUAAUUCAAAGAUUUGGAAGAAAAGUAGUGUAUGUUGUUAUAGGUGAUGGUGUGGAAGAAGAACAAGGAGCAAAAAAGCACGCCAUGCCAUUUUGGAGGAUCUCAAGCCACUCUGACCUUAUGGCCCUUCAUCAUGCCUUGGAACUGGAAUACUUGUAGCAGCUUAGCAGCACUUUGAAACUCCAGAACCUCCCUUAUGCCCAUGGACAGUAUGCCUGUGUCUUGUGUCAGCAUUGGACUACAGAAUUUUGUGAUUUCAACAUGUUGAUGUACAGCUGCAAUUGGUCUUAACCUUUGCCCUUUCAGUAAAUGGAGGAGCAUGCCUUUUUCUUCAGAACAGCUGUUGACUCUAGUAUUGCGAAUCCAAUGAAAACAAGCCAUGAGAAUGUUUUAACAGCGUGUUUUACCACAUUUGAUACAAAAAAAAAGGUUCAUACCUGUGAAGAAAGAAAGGACCUGCAAAUGCUUUGUAGUUUUUAGAAUCUUCAAUGUGACACACACAGCUUCUUCAACACAGCAAACUUGAUUGCACAAUGAAGACUGAAUUUUUCAAAAUACCAGUGGAGUAAUUUUCUUGUAAAGAAGGUUUACUUUUUUGGUUUCUCAUACCCAGGGUACUCUGUACAUCUUUACUUAUUUAUGAACAGACUGUGUUUUGACAUCAUAUAACUGAGGAUACGUAUGAUAAGAUUAAAGGCUAUUUAUAAGCCUUUGUCUCAUGAUACAGCAAACACUUUUGAUUUUAGCACAUUGCAAAGUAGUUUAAAGUAUGUCUAAUUUAAACAAAUAGGUACAUCACUGAGACAAUCAUGUACAGGAAGAAUUUUUUGUGUAAAUUUGUAAUAAUGGAUGAUUCUUUUACAUAUUGUUUAAGUAAAUGCUAUUGAGAGGUAGUAAUGCCUUGUUGGUGAAGUCUGAGGCAAUGUGUACACAGCUAUUGUGCAGUGCCUUAUCAGAGUGUUGGGUAUAAAUAUGUAGAUAAUGGAUUUUUUAGAUAAAUUUGUCACGACCAAAAGCAUGGAUGUCAAGUGUCAAUAAGGAAUUUGUUGUUGUUCUUUUUCAGCUUAUUUCUCUUUUUCCCCCUCAGCUAUUCUGACUAUAAAAUGAUGGUUGCCAGGUGUCCCCAUUAAACACGUACACAGUGCUACACAACUUAAUUGAAGAGGAGUUCCUUACUGUCUUUCAUUUUUUGUUUUAAUGCUAAUGUAUUAAAUCUCCUUAAAGAACUGAAUAAUGAAUCAAGAGACUCCUCCCAUAAAAAGAAGUUAGAGAAUAGAAAAUAUAUUAUACAGUGGUAUUUGAGUUGGAGACUAACAAAACAAAGUUUUCAUGUCAGAAAAUCAAAAAUUACAGCAUGUGCUUUGAUUUACAUGUUAGAAAAGAGUAUUUUGGAGAAACUGAGCAAAACAUAAUUA